AGAUAUAAACACACACGGACACGACAAGGCAUAUUAUCAUCCAGGGAGAUAUACAUACGGCUAAUAAUGAAACUGUCUGCCAAUAGGAUAUUCAUUCAAAACUAUUAACAGCUUUGAGAGUGUGCAGUAGUUCCAGCGAUUGCCUCUCUCGCGUUUCCUCUUUCAAACAAAAUGGGUGUGUCCAUUGAGAUCUGGAGAGCCCGGAUUGGUGGAUAUUGCCAACCCAACAGAGAAACAAGAACUGAAGUCACACACGAACCUACGUUACAUAUACGUGGCAUAGCGCUGCUGCGAAGUUUGAAAAUACUCGUCAUAAUUAGUCUUUUACUGAUUCUUAGUGGAAAUGUUGAACUAAAUCCUGGGCCAACUUUACGUCGUCCUCAGCAAGGUCCUUCACAAACAUGUUACACCUACAAGGAUUCAUCUUUCACGACCCAGGAGGUGCUUGACAUCCUCCGCAAUCCAGACAUGAGCAGAACCAUCACGCAGCCUCCGUUAAAACCCACGGCAGGACAGGUUUUUCUCUACCACUUCACUGACAUUAACAAACGAGAUGACUGGAGAUGUGACCAGUACCACUUCCACCACGAUGCCACACGAGAACAACCCAAAGCAGAUCCGAAGUUCAAGAAGUUGUUCUUUGUUAUAAAGACCAGAGAAGGCAAGGACAAGAGAUUUAAGAAGCAUGCCUACAUUCUUCUAGGAGAGGACAACAAUCUUGUGUUAUUCCAGUAUAUUGGGGAUGAGAGGAUUGCUGAAGAUCUUCCUCAUGGUAACUCCAAGAAUACUUCUGUCCCCUACACCCGACUGUGUCCAUCUGUCAUCAGAGCCAUCAAAGAUGUUUCAAGCAAUGCCACUCAUGCUAUGGAACAAUUCAAGAAUCGGGCCAUUGCAUUAGCAACGCCAGAGAUACAUCAACCGAGAUCUAAAGUGCAUAUAUGGAAUACGAAAUCCAGUGUAAAAUAUAAGCAACGCCAAAAGCAGAAAAAGAAGCACACGGUCAAAUCAGGUGAAAACACAGCCACCAACCAUCUCUCUGGAGAAUGCAGAGAUGUUCUAGUUCUUGAACAUACAUCCUGUGAAAAUACACAUAUAGAGAUGUGUUCCGUUGAACAUCCAUUGCGUUCAGAACUCGACAGAUCUUGUGUAAAUGUCUGUAUCAAAGACGGGCAGGCAUGUGAAGAAACCGUAGUGCAUACAAAUUCAUUUGAAGGUGUAACAGAACAAUCCGCAGUGGAUACAGACUUAUUUACAGGUGUACCAGGACAAUCUGCAAUGGAUGCAAACUCAUUUGAAGGUGUAAUAGAACACUCCGCAGUGGAUACAGACUUAUUUACUGGUGUACCAGGACAAUCCGCAGCGGAUACAGACUCAUUUGAAGGUGUAAUAGAACAAUCCGCAGUGGAUACAGACUUAUUUACUGGUGUACCAGAACAGUCCGCAGCGGAUACAGACGCAUUUGAAGGUAUAAUAGAACAAUCCGCAGUGGAUACAGAUUUAUUUACUGGUGUACCAGGACAAUCUGCAGCGGAUACAGACUCAUUUGAAGGUGUAACAGAACACUCCACAGUGGAUACAGACUUAUUUACUGGUGUACUAGGACAAUCCGCAGCGGAUACAGACUCAUUUGAAGGUGUAAUAGAACAAUCCGCAGUGGAUACAGACUUAUUUACUGGUGUACCAGGACAAUCCGCAGCGGAUACAGACUCAUUUGAAGGUGUAAUAGAACAAUCCGCAGUGGAUACAGACUUAUUUACUGGUGUACCAGGACAAUCCGCAGCGGAUACAGACUCAUUUGAAGGUGUAACAGAACACUCCACAGUGGAUACAGACUUAUUUACUGGUGUACUAGGACAAUCUGCAGCGGAUACAGACUCAUUUGAAGGUGUAAUAGAACAAUCCGCAGUGGAUACAGACUUAUGUACUGGUGUACCAGGACAAUCCGCAGCGGCUACGGACUCAUUUGAAGGUGUAACAGAACACUCCGCAGUGGAUACAGACUUAUUUACUGGUGUAUCAGGACAACUCACAAUGGACACUUACUUAUUUGGAAAUGUACCAGGACAAUCCGUAGUGGAUGCAAAUUCUUUUGCGGGUGCAACAGAACAACCCACAAUGGAUACAAACUCAUUUCAGGGUCUAACAGGACCAUCAGCUGGUGGUAAUUCUGCCCAUUGUUCCAACACAGGGAUAAGUUCUUAUCUAUUGCCUCGGGAUACUGACAAUGGGGACGUUUCAACUCCUGCAAGUGUUUCAGACCACUUAUCACAACGCCACACAGAAACCCAUGUGAGUUUAUCACAGCACUAUGAUACAGCUGGAGUAACUGGCAAUCAUAGUGAAUGUAUGUCAAUGACUUCCACACAGAGAGACGAUAGUAUAUCAUGUGAAAUCACCUGUGAUGAUAAAACAGGAACUUCGGUUCCAUGCAUUUACACUGCAGGGAACAGGGGUGUUAAGGCUCGAGAUCCGCGCAUAUCGUCCACGAUUUCCAUGUGUUGCCAGGAUAUGAACACUAUGUGCCUUGAGGGUCCACCGCGUGAGUCAUCUCCUUGUAUACCUGCGACAGUGAUACAGAUGAAAAAAACUUUUGGACAACCAAAUUUAAAACAGCAGGGAAAUGGACAAUUAUCUUAUUUAGCUGUGUCCAUAGAUGAGUUUGUAUCUCAAAUUUAUGCCUCUGGGGAUUUGGUCAAUGUAAUAGAAGUACUGUCUGCGUUUUUAAAACCACAGUCUUACAGAAAAAUGCGUUUCAUGGAAUGUUUAUCCUUGAAGAGUAAGGAACUUCACAAUGGGUCUGAACUGAGCAUGUUCAGUGAUGGAUCUUUAAACGCCGACAGACGGUGUGACCCUUUGUUUGAUGUCCUCUUAACAAAACCUGCUACCAGUCUCAUCACACAGUCAGCAACUCUCUGGAAGGCUGAGUUUGAUAGAACCAGAGACAUACUAUCUCAGUAUAUGACUGAUAUUCCUCCACGGGAACAGGUAACAGGUUGUUUUCUUCAACUGUUAUCAGCCGUUGUGCUUGGCUCUUACAAGACACACUCGAGGAUCACUCAAUUUGUGGACACCUUAUAUGAACGACCAAGACAUUGUCUGGAUAUCACAGAACCUGUCUGCUACGUUGAUUCCGAGUACACAUACAUCAUUGGAACUUACUCUGUGACAGGGAGGGAAUUAACAAGACUUGAAAACUCAGCUUGGCUGGAUGACAGUGUCAUCCAUGCCUACAUGAGUUUGAUAAUGACUGAGUACAAAGGACAACGUAAUGGAAAAGUGUUCAUGUUUGACUGUUUUCUUGCUGAGAAAUGGUUGGGCAAGUGGAACGAUAUCGAUGAUGGAUGGUUAUAUCUCAAGGAAUCUCUCUUGGACUAUGAUUGGAUCCUGAUGCCUGUCUGCAGAAACCACCAUUGGGUUUUGAUAGCAGCUCAUGUGAAGGCCAGACAACUUUCUGUCAUCGACUCUUUACCUUCACGUGGUUCACAGUCACAGCACUUACUGAAGCAGUGGAGAAACUAUAUGGCUAUAAGAAGCAAAAGAACUGGCGAGAACAUUCCAGACUGGGAGGAUAGAUCAUGUCCUAUUUUCCCACAGACUGAUGGAAACAGUUGUGGUGUAAUCGUCCUUAUGGUUGCUGAAGCACUUCUGUCGGGUGUUCCUCCAGCCAUAAUGAGGAACUGUCACGUGAAGGACUACAGGGAAUACGUCAAACAAAGACUACUUGCAGCUGCUGGUUUCAAGAGACGUGACAAACUUGAAGAUGUGCCAGAUCAACCAGCAUACGACGCAUACCAGGAGACUGACAUGGAUGUUACAGACGAUGUUGAACUUUACAGUUCAACAAAUGAUAAAGAUGAUGGGGGAACCGGUUUUCUGAGGACCAAUGGUCAUAUUGAAGGUGGGGAAGAAGAGGAUAUUAUGAAAGGAUCUCUUUCUAUGCCACGGCCUGUGGAUCAUUCAAUGGAGGAGGAAUCGCAAGAAGCAGCUCUGGAUCUAAGAAAUGUAAGCACUAAGAUUCGCCAUCUGUUCAACAACAAACAGCAUCAGUUUGUGGCAUUAUUAGUAGCGUGCUUACGCGAUGGAGACCUUAGCUUCUCUUUCUUGAAUGAUACAUCCGAUGACCAGCCAUGUCCACUCUUGCAAAGUCCCAUCAGAUGGGCGUGUCACAUUGCAGGCAUUGAGAUGGUCAGCCUUGGAGAACUGAAACACAAUCUCAAUUUACUGUGUGCAUUUUUUACAAUAACUUCCAAUGAUGAGACAGCAACUUUCGAAAAACAAACUAUUAAACACAUAGUCAAUGAACUUGCUACAAAUCACGUUGACAAUUAUCUGCAAUCAAUUGAUAUCAUGUUUGUGCAUAAACAUGUCCGUAUUUCGCCUAAAUGUGAUGCUGAAAGGUCACAAUUCAUAAUUGGGUUGACGCGUGGAUCUCAGGAGCUUCUACUUCGAAGACUCAUCCAUGAACUGAACCAGUCUAACUUUGCCCUGGUGCUUACACAUGAGGCAUGUGAGCAGUUUCAGUUUGUUGUGUCCCUUCUCGAACUAUUUCAGCAGAAUCAUGUACAAAUGACCCAAAUAGUGCUUAAAGAAGAUGCCAUUUACGGCGGAUCUUUCCUUCAUUGGGUAUGCUGCAGCAGCAAUGCGGAACUCUACAAACUAAUCCAUUCUCACAUACCCUCAGAGUCCAAGUAUGACUGCAUAACGUCAUGUUGCAUAUCUGGCAAUGCGGAUGUACUAUCCAUAGUUCUUGUGGAAGUAAAGAAAGAAAAGGCCCUGAAUUGGAUCUCAAGAAAUGAACAACCGUGGUUAAACAUUUAUCGCAAGAAACAGAUGUCCAUCAAAAAAGUAACUUCAUUUAAGAUGCCACCUCUGCAUCUCGCUUGCUAUCAUGGACAUGUCAACAUAGUUUCCUUGUUAAUAGCUAGUGACUUCGACCUAAACUCUCACUUGCCUUCCCUCUUCCCACUUCUUCCAAAUGGACCAACUCCAGUUAUAGUCGCAACUGCAGAAGGACAUGCACCUGUCCUGAAAUGUCUGAUAGCAGCAAACUGUGAUCUUAGCCUGGGGGAUGAAACUAUGGACACUUCACUCCAUGUAGCAUGUCGGAAAGGUUUUACUUACAUAGUGAACCUUCUUGUAUGUCAAUGCAAUGUCUCCGAAAGGAAUAAGGACGGGGAUACGCCUAUACAUCUCGCGUGUGCAGCUGGAUAUGAUGACAUUGUAAACACCCUGUUGGACCACGAUGCUGACAUUUCGUUGUUAAACUUCAGAGACUACACCGCCAUUGAUAUACUUUCUGAGGAGGGUCAUCACCUCUUGUUACAAGAUGUGCUCAAGAAACGGCCUUAUCCAAUUCCCUUUGACAUAUUAAGUACCCCUCUGCAUAAAGCCUGGGAAAGUGGCCAUAUUGAUGUUGUUGAAAUAUUACUGGAACAUAUAGCUGAUAAUUUUGCAAACUGUGACUAUGCCUUAUUGAGAGCUAGUAAGGACAACAAAGUAGAUUUUGUAAAAGUUUUGACGGAAACAAAUUCUGCUGCAAGCCUUAUAACUACUGAUCAUAGUUAUUUGCUUGAUGUUGCUUGCAGAACAAAAAACAUAGAAAUUAUGAAGCUUUUGAUAGAUAAAGGAGCUGAUCUAUUAGCUUGUGAUGAUGAAGGUGACACGUGUUUAAGGACAGCAAUAGAGAAUGAACAUGUAGAGAUGGUUAAACUGUUGUUAGAUGAAGGCGCAGACGUGCAAACCACUGAUGAUGGUUACUUAUAUCUAAGGAAGGCAUGCUUAAGAAAAAACGUAGAAAUUGUGAAGCUUUUGUUAGAUAAAGGAGCUGAUCCAUCAUAUUGUGAUUAUAAUGGUAACACAUGUUUAUGGAUAGCAACAGAGAAUGAACAUGUAGAGAUGGUUAAACUGUUGUUAGAUAAAGGCGCAGACGUGCAAACCAUCGAUGAUGGUUACUCACCUCUAAGCCUGGCAUGCAGAAGAAAAAACGUAGAAAUUGUGAAGCUUUUGUUAGAUAAAGGAGCUGAUCCAUCAUAUUGUGAUGAUGAAAGUGACACAUGUUUAUGUAUAGCAAUACAGACUGGACAUGUAGAGAUGGUUAAACUGUUGUUAGAUAAAGGCGCAGACGUGCAAACCAUCGAUGAUGGUUACUUAUAUCUAAGUGAGGCAUGCCAAAGAAAAAACGUAGAAAUUGUGAAGCUUUUGUUAGAUAAAGGAGCUGAUCCAUCAUAUUUUGAUGAUGAAGGUGACACGCGUUUAAGGACAGCAAUAGAGAAUGAACAUGUAGAGAUGGUUAAACUGUUGUUAGAUAAAGGCGCAGACGUGCAAACCACUGUUGAUGGUUACUCACUUCUAAUUGAGGCAUGCAGAAGAAAAAACGUAGAAAUUGUGAAGCUUUUGUUAGAUAAAGGAGCUGAUCCAUCAUUUUGUGAUUAUGAAGGUGACACGUGUUUAUGGACAGCAAUAGAGAAUGAACAUGUAGAGAUGGUUAAACUGUUGUUAGAUAAAGGCGCAGACUUGCAAACCACUGCUGAAGAUGACCCACUUCAAAUUGUGGCAUGCAGAAGAAAAAACGUAGAAAUUGUGAAGCUUUUGUUAGAUAAAGGAGCUGAUCCAUCAUAUUGUGAUGAUGAAGGUGACACAUGUUUAUUGAUAGCAACAGAGAAUGAACAUGUAGAGAUGGUUAAACUGUUGUUAGAUAAAGGCGCAGACUUGCAAACCAUUGUUAGUGGUUACUUACCUCUAAGUGAGGCAUGCCAAAGAAAAAACGUAGAAAUUGUGAAGCUUUUGUUAGAUAAAGGAGCUGAUCCAUCAUAUUGUGGUGAUAAUGGUGACACGUGUUUAUGGAUAGCAACAGAGAAUGAACAUGUAGAGAUGGUUAAACUGUUGUUAGAUAAAGGCGCAGACGUGCAAACCAUCGAUGAUGGUUACUUAUACCUAAGUGAGGCAUGCCAAAGAAAAAACGUAGAAAUUGUGAAGCUUUUGUUAGAUAAAGGAGCUGAUCCAUCAUAUUGUGAUGAUGAAGGUGACACAUGUUUAUUGAUAGCAAUAGAGAAUGAACAUGUAGAGAUGGUUAAACUGUUGUUGGAUAAAGGCGCAGACGUGCAAACCACUGUUGAUGGUUACUCACCUCUAAGUGAGGCAUGCAAAAGAAAAAACGUAGAAAUUGUGCAGCUUUUGUUAGAUAAAGGAGCUGAUCCAUCAUAUUGUGGUGAUAAUGGUGACACGUGUUUAUGGAUAGCAACAGAGAAUGAACAUGUAGAGAUGGUUAAACUGUUGUUAGAUAAAGGCGCAGACGUGCAAACCAUCGAUGAUGGUUACUCACCUCUAAGUGAGGCAUGCCAAAGAAAAAACGUAGAAAUUGUGAAGCUUUUGUUAGAUAAAGGAGCUGAUCCAUCAUAUUUGGAUGAUGAAGGUGACACGUGUUUAAGGACAGCAAUAGAGAAUGAACAUGUAGAGAUGGUUAAACUGUUGUUGGAUAAAGGCGCAGACGUGCAAACCACUGUUGAUGGUUACUCACCUCUAAGUGAGGCAUGCAAAAGAAAAAACGUAGAAAUUGAGAAGCUUUUGUUAGAUAAAGGAGCUGAUCCAUCAUAUUGUGAUGAUGAAGGUGACACGUGUUUAUGGACAGCAAUACAGAAUGAACAUGUAGAGAUGGUUAAACUGUUGUUGGAUAAAGGCGCAGACUUGCAAACCACUGCUGAUUGUUACUCACCUCUAAGUGUGGCAUGCAGAAGAAAAAACGUAGAAAUUGUGAAGCUUUUGUUAGAUAAAGGAGCUGAUCCAUCAUAUUGUGAUGAUGAAGGUGACACAUGUUUAUGGAUAGCAACAGAGAAUGAACAUGAAGAGAUGGUUAAACUGUUGUUAGAUAAAGGCGCAGACGUGCAAACCAUUGUUGGUAGUUACUUCUAUCUAAGUGAGGCAUGCCAAAGAAAAAACGUAGAAAUUGUGAAGCUUUUGUUCGAUAAAGGAGCUGAUCCAUCAUAUUGUGAUGAUGAAGGUGACACAUGUUUAUUGAUAGCAACAGAGAAUGAACAUGUAGAGAUGGUUAAACUGUUGUUAGAUGAAGGUGCAGACGUGCAAUCCACUGAUGAUGGUUACUCACCUCUAAGUGAGGCAUGCCAAAGAAAAAACGUAGAAAUUGUGAAGCUUUUGUCAGUUAAAGGAGCUGAUCCAUCAUGUUGUGGUGAGAAUGGUGACACGUGGUUUUGGACAGCAACAGAGAAUGAACAUGUAGAGAUGGUUAAACUGUUGUUAGAUAAAGGCGCAGACGUGCAAACCAUCGAUGAUGGUUACUCACCUCUAAGUGUGGCAUGCAGAAGAAAAAACGUAGAAAUUGUAAACCUAUUGUUAGAUAGCGGAGCUUAUCCAUCAGCGUGUGAUGAUGAAGGUUACUCGUGUUUAUGUAUAGCAAUACAGAAAGAACAUGUAGAUAUGGUUAAUUUGUUGUUAGAUAAAGGCGCAGAUAUGGAGCACGGUUUUGGUGGUCACACGCCUCUAAGUGAGGCAUGCAGAAGAAAAAACGUAGAAAUUGUGAAGCUUUUGUUAGAUAAAGGAGCUUGUCCUCCAGCUGCUGAUUUUAUGUGCAACUCUGCAUCAUGCAGGGUAGGGGACUUGGAUGUUGUGAAACGUUUAUUGGAGAAAGGCGCUACUGUAUCAGCUAUUGCCUCAGAGGAUUACUCAACUCCUGAAGUGGUAUUCAGAAAAGGGCAUUUUGAGAAUGUGAAACUGUUAAGAGAUAACAUUGACAAAAUAAUUUCUUCAGUUUUAUUACGACAUCACACGACUAAUUUAGGAAUUUUAAACAGUGGUGAAGAUGAAGCUACUGGGGAUAAUGCUCUCUUAUCACUAGCUAACAAUGAAGAAUAUAAUGAGCACAAGCAGUUAGGGGACUCGAAACCAGCAGAUACAGUUAGACAAGAUGAUUCUGUAAUAUAUAAAUGUCAUGGACGUUCACAGUGUAUCGCUGUCUGCAGAAAAUUGUUCGACAAAGGUAUUGAUGUGUGUAAAUUGCUCUCGUGUCAUAAAGAUUUAGAGCCUGUAGUUGAAGAAAUCAUUGAGAUUAUUUCAGACAGCGAUAUAUUCACUAACAAUGAAAAUUCCAUCUCAGGCAUCUCCCAAAUAUUGCUUUAUGAAAGUGUGGUCAGAAGGAAAGCAUAUUUGGUAUAUAUCCUAAUUGCGAAAUGUGGCAUAAAAGUUACAUCUACAAUAACGAGGCAGAUGUUGAACGUGGCAGGGACACGUCCCGAUAAUGCUAUUCUUCAGAUGCUGAUGAAAUAUAGCAGUGGUGACUUGGACGAUGGUUAUUUGAUGUCAUGUGCCUGUUCUCGUGGUUUACUACAAGUCAUAAUGGUUUUCAUAGAAAAGGGUUAUAAGUUUUCACCUGACCAUCUAAGACUAGCUCUCAAACAUAAACAUCCCAUUAUGACAAAUUUGAUUGUCAGUAACAUGUCAGAUCCAAUGCCGACUGGUUUGGUGAAAGAAUUAAUGAAGCGUGGAGUCAAACUUGGACAUGGAAUGAUACCUUUUUUAGACAGCGAGAUUUUUACCUCUUUUAACAGUGACCAAAUAAUGUUUGAAGCAUGUUUUCAUGAACAGUUUGACAUUUUAAAAAUGUUGAUUGAUAAGGGUGCGGAUGUACAUUGUGUGAAUAUUGGCAAGAAAACACUGUUACAUACAGCUUGUAUCAAUGACAAUGAAACUAUUGUGGACUUUCUAAUACAGUCAGGUAUAUGUCUCAACUCAUGUGACAGUCAAGGUGAAACUCCUUUACACAAAGCAGUUGAAAAGAAUAACUCAAAAGUAGUUCAACUGCUCAUUGAAAGAGGAGCAGAUGUUAACUGUUGUUCAAGAGUAGUGUCUCCUUUACAGCUAGCAUGUAGGAAGGGGUGCAUUUCUGUUAUUAUUAUAUUAUUAAAAGCUGGCGCCGAAGUAAACUCAUUUGAUACAAUGCAGGUAACUCCAGUAUUGCAUGCUUGUAAAAAUCGAAACUUCACUAUUGCUAGUCUUCUUUUGAAACAUGAUGCUGAGGUCAAUGUGGAAGACGUCCAUGGAACAACACCUCUCCAUGUCGCCUGUCAACACAGGGACAUCUAUUUAAUAAAACUUCUUCUGUGUCACUCUGCCGACCCAUUCAAAAGGGAUAAGAACAAGACUUGCCCAUUAGGAUUCGUGGUAAAAGAUAAAGAUAUUAUGAGUAUUAUAUGUGAAUAUACCAAAGGUUAUGCACAGUCUUGUAAAGAUGAAAAUGGCAACACUCUCCUCCACCAUGCAUGCAUGCUAGGUCUUCUGUGGCAUGCAACUAAUUUGCUUACAAGAGGCAUUGAUAGUUCCCAACAGAAUAUGAAGGGGGAAUCCCCUAUGCACAUUGCUGUGGAAAAUGAGAAUAUUAACCUCGUUCGUAAGUUGUUACGAAAUAACUGUACACAUACAGUUCCUGACAAUGAUGGCAAGAUGCCUCUUCAUAUUGCUAGUGAAGAGGGAUAUACGGAUAUUGUAGAAUUGCUGCUUGACCACACUGAUAAGGAAAGGAUUUCAGCAACAGACAAUGGAGGAAACAGUGCCCUCCAUUGUGCUUCAAACUUUGAUAAAUCGGGUAUAAUUGCAUUACUUCUCGAAGCAGGAAUAAAAGUAAAUAGUUUUAACCAGAAGGGAUCUACACCAUUACAUUUUGCUGCAGAAGGAGGGUAUCUGGAUGCAGUAAAACUGUUGGUGCACGCCAAGGCUGACAUAAAUGCCUUUGGACAUAAGGGACACACACCUCUUCACCGUGCUUGUUUUCGAGGACAUAUAUCUGUUGUGAACUUCUUAUUGGAUAACAAUGCUGAUGCAGUCAUACAGAAUUCUCACAAAAAUACGCCAAUGUAUGCUGCAUGUCUUGGGCAGCAUAUGGAUGUUGUCAAACUACUCUUAGAAAAGGGAGAUUAUCAACAGGUAGCUGGACCAAAUGGUUAUCCCUGUGUUGUGGUCGCUGCAUGUAGAGGCAAUUUGGAGUUACUAGAGAUCAUGAUAAGUCACAACGCACACCUGUCACCAUCAAACCUCAAUGUGUCAUUGUUGUCGAAUGAAAGCGACAUACAACAUAUUUAUUCUCUUCUGGUUGACGAGGAAGAAGGAAUUUCACACAUGAAAAUCGAUGAUUAUCAACAAAUCGCUCAAGAUGUGGACAAAUCAAACAUGGACUCAUUAGUGCCAAUUCACCUUGCUUAUGAUGGAAAUCAUAUGCAUGCUUUCAAACAACUUGUCGACAAUGGAGCCAUUUUAUCUGAUUUAGAUGAGGAGGGAAAAACUGUUUUCCAGAAAGCCUUCAGAAAUAAGGAUGAAGAUAAUGUUGCACUGAUACUGAGUAAAGGCUUUCAACCUGAUAUAUCCUCUGAUGAUAUCAUUCAGCUCUACCCAGUCAUAGAAAGAUGCUACUCAAAACGGUACUUCAAUGUUAUAAAGAUAUUGUAUGAAUCUUGGAAAAUAUAUUCAGUAAACAACACCGAACAUUAUACAGACUCACCAGUAAUUCUUGCAAUUAAAGUGGAUAAUAUCAGUUUAUUGAGAUGCUUCUUAGACAUGGACGGAGAUUUUACAGAAAGAGACGAGCAAGGAAAUACAAUUCUGCAUCUUGCUUGUUUAAUGGAUAAUACAAAAGCUGUCAAUGUAAUCCUACAAAAACAACCCCAUCUGCUGAAAUUCACAAAUCCGGAUCUAAAACCACUCCAUGUAGUUUGCAGACAAGGCAGUGUGGAACUUGUAAAGCUGUUUCUGCAAUAUAGUUUUCUCAGAGAGAACAAUUAUCCAGACAAUUUGUCCCCCGGGGAUAAUGCAUGCAUAUAUGAUUCCGUCGAUUACCAUUCUGCUAUAGAAAUAGCACAUGAAAAGAGGUUUACAUGUAUUGUCAAUACAUUGAUUUUACACAAAGAGCGUUUUCCAAUUCCAUCUUCCAAUAGCAUCGGCGAAUCACCUUUCCAUUGGUUGUGUGAUUCCAGUGACAUAGGAACGUUAGAAACGAUUCUUAAGACUGACAUUGAUCCAUCUGAACAGGAUGGUAGUGGAUAUACCGUUCUCCAUAAAGCAUGUGAACGUGGAAAUAAACAAAUGGUUACAAUGUUAUUGGAAACAGGGGAUCAAUCGUCUGUGUUUUCCAAUGCAGGAGAGGCUCCAUUACAUAUUCUAUGCCGAAAGGGGUUUGUCGACUUAAUACAAAUGUUCAUAGAUCGUGGAGCUGAUAUGUCCGUUAAGACUAAGGACAAGAAUAAUUCUGUUUUGCAUGUUGCAUGCAUGUACAAAAGAGCAGAGGUCUGCAUGUUCUUGUUGCAGAGAUUUGCUUGUCUGUCUGCAGAAGUAAAUGAUGAUGGAUACAAACCUUUGGAUAUUGCAGUAGAAAGACGAAGUCAAAAGAUCGUCAAGCUAUUUGUAAGUGUCCAUAACUCAAAAUGUUUGUGGUACGACUAUUCAGAUCGAAUUUGCCAGAAAGGAGGUAUUCUCCUGUUGAAAUUUAUGAUAAGGUGUGGUGUGAAUAUGGCUGAGCGGGACAAUAUGGGAAACACGUUUCUUCACGCAGCUGUUUCUCAUGGGUGUGUUGAUGUUGUGUUGACUUUGCAAAAACAUUGUAAAGAACAAUUUACCUCAAUGUCACAGAUGCGUGAUGAGCAAGGAGCGCUUGCACUCCAUUUUGCUGCAACUAAAGGUGACACGGCGAUUGUGCAAACACUUAUGAAAUAUUUCAUUGAUCCAAACGUUGUUGAUUCCAACGACUCCACACCAUUACACCACGCCAGUAGUAUCGGCAGUAAAGACAUAGUUUUAUUGUUGUUAACAAGUGGAGCAGAUCCUUUCAUCGCAGAUGCAAAAGGAAACACCCCACUACAUUUAGCUGCUAAAGAUGGACAUGAAGGUUUGUGUUCUUCUCUUGUUGUUAAUAACGCAAACUGUAACGCUAGAAAUGCAAAAGGAAGAACAUCUGUUCAUGAAGCUGUUGGCAAGGGUUACCUGACCAUCACACAGCUUCUGAUAAGAUCGGGAGCGCAUGUGUCAGUUCAGGAUGGACGAGGAGAUACACCAUUACAUAAAGCGUGCUUAAAUGAACACAGUGACAUGGUACAGUGUUUAUUGGAUGCGGGAGCUGACCUGAGCAUAUCUAACUUGUUUGGAAAUACACCAUUACAUAUUGCAUCUAUGAAAGGGCAUGUAGGUUUAAUAUGUCAGCUGUUAAGACACCAAGAGUUAGAAGCAGUAAACGUCCUAGGACAAACUGUUCUCCAUUUGGCUUCUAAAAAUGGACACUACAACGUGUUAGAAAUAAUACUAAAAUACCAAUAUAGGCGGGAACUCCUUCGUGAACACACACGGCAAGAUGUUUCAGGAAGAGAUCUGGUGAAUGGGGACACUGCUUUGCACUUAGCUUGUCGAACAGGUAGUGUUAAAUCUGUUGAACUGCUGAAGAAGUAUGGUGCUGAUGUUAAUGUGUGGAAUAACAACGGCAACUCUCCUGUAUUUGUUGCAUGUGAAACUGGUCAUGUUGACAUUGUCAAGCAAUGUCUGCACUUUGCUGCCUCUGGUAUAAACCGAGAUGGACGUUCUCUCCUUCAUAUAGCAUGUCGAACAGGCCAUGAAGCAAUGGUCAAAACACUUCUUGAGUAUGGUAAUGUUAACAUCACGGACAGACAUGGGAGAACCCCACUGUUUGACGCUGUGGAAAAUGGACAUGAUAUAAUAUCAAUACUGCUUAUACGCAUGGGAGCCAACGUAAACAGUACAAAUGUGUACGACAGAACGCCUCUUCAUGACGCCUGCUGGGAAGGACGUAUAGGGUGUGUGACUCUCCUGACAGCAUCAGGGGCACAACUGGAUGCUAGGAAUCAUUAUGGAAAUACCCCCCUGCACAAUGCCUGCAUACACGGACACAUGGCCAUUGGGGAUUUGUUGUUGGAGCGUGGAGCUGACUCUUGCCCAGUGAAUCGUGUCCACAUGACGCCACUUCACUAUGCAUGUCUAUAUGGAUAUACAGAAACUGCGAAGAUGUUGCUGUCGAAGGGAGCUGAUCCUGGUAUCGAAAACAGUGAAGGCAAAACACCUCUUGAACUGUGUUCCAGCCAAGACCUGAAGGAAACAUUGACAUCUAGUUGCAGGGACACAGAUCUAACAUGCCGAAAGAGGGGAAGUACUGAAGUUUGUGCACUUCCUCCCAAGAAGAGGAUGAGGAUGAGGAUUGAUACAGAAGAACAGGUUGACGAAGUGGGUCAAAUGUCGAGUGAAGAUGUGAGACGUGCUUAUAUUUCGUGGAGGAUGAUCAAUGGUACCCUCUGAGGCUGGGGGUCUGAAAGAAUCAUGGAACGGGAUGAGAGACCAUAUGCAUAAACAUAACAUGCUUCUUGUUCGUAUACAGUUUUACCAUAAGUUAACUGACAUUUCUUUUUUAUUCAUGUGAGUUAGCGACUUUAAAUAGUAACAUGUUAUAUGUAAUAUGUUCACAAUUAGUAACCAUUUAUGUACGUAACCAUUUAUGAAAAUAAUCUAAAGGAAAUAUUAAAGCAGAUGUUUCCAUGACAAACGUGCUGAACUAAUCACAAUGUGAAUAUUAAGGCUACAAAGUAUCAAAAUAGUCUGUUUAGUCAUUCCAUUGUUCCAAUGAAAUGUUGGACAUACUAUAGCUUGUCAUGUACAAAUGCAAUGAUAACGUCAACAUUUAGUUCAAUUCGAUUAAUAUGUCUAGGCACAUUGUACAAUUUACCCAUUUACAUUUCCUGCACACACACACACACACGCACGCACGCACGCACGCACGCACGCACACACUAACACACACUAACACACACACUAACACACACACUAACACACACACACACACACACACACACUAACACAUAUAUAUAUAUAUGUAUAUGUAUGCAUCUUACAACUACUCAUACACUGUUGUAUUUUUCCUGCUGGACAUUUACUAGAAACAUAUAUCCUAAAUAUAUCCACAUAUGUAUAUAUAUCUUCUGUAUUUAAAUUCUUGCAAGAUAGGAUUAUAUUAUUAUUUGCUAAAAUGCUUUGAUAGAAAGAUGUUGUCAGUUAAUCUCCAGAAGGAAUAUGCAUAUGAAUAGAUAGAUGUUUGAUAAAUGUACAUAAGCCUAUAGAAUAAAAGUUACACGUACAUGUAUGUUCUAACGUGUGUAUAGAUUGCAGAUUUUAAUUACGUUUAAAUACAUGAGUUGUUGUAACAUGCAUGUUGCCUAUUUUCAGAUUAUUUACAUCAGUUUCUAAAAUAAUAAGUUGCGUUAAGAGACACCACGUUUCAUUUGGAAAUUUGCAAAUUAGGUGGAAUCUCAUCCCAUUGUCGUUUUGUUAGCAAAUAAGUGAAGGAAAAUCGGAAAGAUAAACGUUUGCUUUUAAAAUUUUGGUUUGUAAAAAAGUACAGUAUAUUUGACACAUAACAUCCUCUUAGAAUAGCGAAAACAUAUUUUUGAAUUGUCAUUGAGUAUAUAAAGUGCUAUUUUUUCCGUUUCUCGUUUGUAAAAUUGGUCUGGCAUUAACGAGCUUAACUGGACGUUCCAUGACAUGAAAUAUAAUUAUAGUCGUAAUUAGAUCCAUGUAUGUUUAUUAGAAUGAGUGCAAUAAAUGUGCUUACGAAACAACAAUUAAAUAUAGCCUGAUAUCUGAUUGGUUUAGAUUAUUAACAUUUGUUGGCAAAUGUGUAAACUAGAAAUUAUUGACGUGAAUGGGUGAGUGUGUGAGUGAGUGAGUGUGUGAGUGAUUGAGUGAGUGAGUGAGGGA